AUGUCUUCCUUUUUCCUUCGCGGUUUUGCAUUUUUCCUUGUUUGCGCUUUUGUUCAAGCCGGAGAACAAGACAGAGAUCAUUUAUCCGUGGGAAUUAUGAUCAAACCAGAGAACUGUCCGAGGGAAACGAAAGAUGGAGACCUGUUAACAGUGAGGUUCAAUAAUACUCUUAUUGAUCAAACGCCAGUUCUACCAACGAGGUGAGUUAUUAGAAGUUAGAAUAUUCCGUCAUGCUACUGAGCAAAUUAGGAAAAUAAGUUUAGCUUAGAGUUUUAUUUACCUUCAUGAGCCAUUCAAUUUUCUUUCUAAAAUGUUAUUUUUAGUUAUUCAUGAAAUAAGCUUACUUUCCUUUUUACAGUCCGUUCAACCUUAAAAUUUGCAUUUGUUCCUGCAAAAAUUUAGCAAACUAAGCAAUUGAUCUGUGUUCUACAAAAGCGUUGUGUUGUGCAGCAAAUUAGUAAUUGCGCAUGCAUUUAAAACAUUUUAAUACACCACCACGAAAAAUACCUUAAAAACAACUGCACACUGUCUUGAGGGUCAGUUAAGUGCUAUAGCAGAAUGAUGAAGAAUUCCCAGGUUCGAGGUACCAUAGUAUACCCAAAAUCAGUAAGAGAAGUCCUGUAAGUCUGAAAAUCGAAAACUAUUCCUUUUGAUUCUCUCUUGGUGCAAUUGAGAAAACUUGAAAAAUAGAUCCAUAAUUACAAAGUAAAGCGAAUAACUUGAACUCAAGACUGGCACUUUUAGAGAUGUCGUUCGUCGAGAAAUCCGAUUUUAUUCUUGUUGGCUUAACUUGUCUUGAGACAUCUUUCGGAUCAUAGUUACAACGUACCAUAGUAUUCUUAGCAGAAAGUAUCUACUGAAUGGUUGAGUUUCCUUCGCUAAUUUAAAUGACUGCAAUUCGCUUCGAAAACCAUGCACUUUGACGCUAAAUGUUUCCGUUUUGGUAUGAUUAUGGAGAAAAUACGCAAUAUUGUUGAGCAAGGCUAACAAAGUGUAAAACUUCAGGGACGGAGUUCAUGAUAGUUCCUAGCUCCCGCAAUUCUUUAGUUCUCGCGACUUACCUCGUCAGUGUCAUUAGGGACUGUAAGCAACGUGAAAGCUGACGUCAAGGACAUCAAAAUUGCAACCGGAAGUUGAUAUUGUCUCUCUUCAAUGCUCCAACUCGACAAAUUUGUACAGCGGGAGUCAAAACAAAGGCAUUCAGAUUCGCUGGGUGAGACUGAAGCUUUCCAUUUAUAUGCGAGACAUCGAACUUCCGGUUGCUAUUCAUGACGUCCGGGACGUCAGCGCUUGUCUCGCUUCAGCUCACUAUUAUAGACUGCGAGCAGUCCCUUUUAAGUCAGUCGAGGCAAGGUUCGGUAGGACUGGAGAGAGCGAAAUUACCCAAAGGAGAACUGGAGAGAGAGAGGCCCCGCCCCAGUUUCCACUCGGCUGGCCUUUUUUUUUUUCGUUCACAUCGCUCGAUUUCCUCGCUCGCGCAACCACCCUGAGGGACUGCUCGCAGUCUAAUGUGAUUAAAGCGUUCUAAAUCUACAUCUUCAUCCAUGAUUACGUUUCCUAAAUCCUUUUUGUUCUCAGCGAAUUUGAGUUCGUUCUUGGUGAAGGACAAGUAAUCGCCGGUUGGGACCUGGGUCUGCGCGACAUGUGCGUCGGAGAGCUCCGUGAACUCGUUGUUCCGCAUCAGUACGGAUAUGGGGAAUUCCCCGUGGGAGAUAAAAUUCCCCCUAGAGCACUUCUUGUGUUCUAUGUGGAGCUGCUUAGAAUAGGCGAUCCGAGUGAGGACAUGGCUAAACCCAACAUGUUUAAAGAAAUUGAUGUCAACGGAGAUGGCAUGAUUUCACACUCAGAGGUAGGAUGAAAAAUACCGUCGACUGACGCUUAACCCUUUAAACCCUAAGAUCAAAAUUUGAAUUCUCAUUUGUUGUCCCAAUUCAUUUCCUACAGAGGUAGUGGGGAGAAGUUGAAAAAAUAUCAAGCAAAUGCAUCUUGUGUGAUCAUGUCCGCAAUUCUCAUGACCACUCUAUUUUACGAAGCAUUAAUAGUACAAGGAGAAGUUUGAUGCUGAUCACUCUUGGGGCUUAAAUCAAUUUCAUUACAAUACAAUCUACAUACAUACAUGCAUUUUUUAAAUUGUGUUUUGAAGUAAAAGUACAAUUAUCGUUUAGUGUCGAGUCAGUAGUCUCUUGUCAUUACUGUUGUCAUUUAUUACUAGUAAUACCGUUAGUUUAUCAGUAGGUCUCUAUUCAUUGUUGUCAGUUUUAGUUUCUUUAGUUCUCUUGUUACUUUUAGUUGUAUUUAGUUGUUUUUAUUUCCUCUCAUCACGACCCGCCUAGAUUAGCUUAGCUACCCGCGGGCAUGUUAUAAUUGUACAAUCUAGAGGGGAGCUUAUAUCUGGGGGACGAGGAGGGGGGAGGCUUUAGCUUAAAAUCGGAUGUAUUUUUUGCUUUGAAAUAGAUGGUAAGACUGGCAUAUAACUGGGGUGAGACUAAUAAGUGGGAGGGUGGUAUAAACUGCAGUUUACGUUUACUUAGUAAAGUUCGUGUCGUUAACUUCGUGUCGUAGUCUCUUAUCUUUUUCGACCCUUUUAGCUUCACUACCUUUCCCGCGAAUUGAUCUGACUAAAAGUCAGUUGAGUGGUUGAGUAUUAACAGCACUGAUAAGACUAUUAUUAUGGAGAAUCUGAUAGGUUCACCGUUGAUCUCACAUACAGAGUUUAUGGCCCCGGUCAAAGGCUGGAAAAUAUUAUUCCUUCCCAAUAUCUCUCGCUAAUUAUACCUAGAACGAAAUGAAAUUUUCCCCCAAUUUAAAUCGUGAUGAGUUCUUGUGCCUUAACGCAUAAUUAUGGUCACGUAACAUGUCACGUGAGUAACUGAAGCAAUAUUUAUACUUUUAAAAUGUUGCAUGUUGAUAAGGUCCGUCUGUGUCCCAAAUCUCGAUUCGGUACCAUCCUCUUCGCUAAAUUUAGACGAUAAAUAAUUUUUCCUUGGUAAUCCUUUUACAUCCAGGCCUUAAAUUACUUGAGAUUGAAUUGUUCCCAGGUAAUGCAGUUGUGGAUAAAACUGCAAAUAAAACUCACAAGAAAGGUUUUGCGCUUGCCCUUGGCCCCGCUUUUAAAAUGAGAGGAAUGGAUUAAUGUUACUGUUUUAUAUCACAGGUUGCAGGUUACCUCAGACGAGAGGGACUUUCAAAUGGUGAAGGGGAUGAAAGCCAUGACAACCUCAUGCAGGAAAUCUUCCAUGAAGAAGACAAAAAUAAAGAUGGCUACAUUUCACACGACGAAUUCCAGGGAUUAAAACAUGGAGAGUUAUAAAACAGUUUAACCACAUUAUUUUAAUUUAUAGGUACCUGUAAUUUACAUCAAUAGAAAGAAAAACAAAUUUGAAUUAAACAGUAGGAAUCAUGUUUGUUUCAUUUUCCUUAGGGCGCUUGAAUUUUAAGGUAGUUUUUUUCCAGUUUUUGCACCUUAUUUCUAAAGUCUGGAAUUUUGUUGCAAUAGCUUAAUGAAUUUUAAUGAAGAUAUCCGCGCUUGUUUGAAAUAAAAGUUAUCAAAACGUAUCAAAAAAUAAUGAUAGAACGUUGUUUCAUGUUUAUGGUCGUGGCAUCACCACCAGUUAUAGGGGUUCCCCAAUAGGUUUUUGGGGAUCCAGGUUUCUCUUAUUUGAAGCUCGAGAUUCGGGAUCUUAAAGCAAAAACUGCAUGGCAAGAUUCAGGACUGAACGUGUAUGCGCGA